AUGCUCGCUCUCACACUGCGGAGAUCGCUUCGCCCAGCACCAAUUUCCUCACUAACAUGUCUCGUCGCGGUACGCCUUGCAUCUCACGGGCCAUCACGACAGCAUGGCCCAGCCAACACGAUUCCUGGCUCGGGCGCCCACAACGAGAACGUCCCACGCAACAUCGAAGAAUUCCAGGCGCUGGCGCAGCAGGGCACCGCGACGAUCGAGAUAGCACAACAGUACCUGCAACGUUUUCGAGACCGCACGGCAGAUCUGCCACACGAACUGAAGGCGCAAGUAGCAUCUAAAGCAAGAGUUGCACACAUCUUACACUGGCUAUGGACCGCGAGAGACCAGGAGACAAGAGAGCAAGAUCUUACCAAACCGUUCCUCCAGGUCCUCUGCUGGCACCUAGAAGCACAAGGACUCCAGGACUACACCUGGAAAUGGCUCGACGCGCAAGUAGAGCAGCUGAAGCACACGCCACGCCACGAGAGGAAUUGGCUAGGCCGGGUCCUUGCCGCAGUCAUAAGUGCAAAAGUACAAUGGCACCCAGAGAAUGACCCGGAUUCUGGUCUUCAAGCCUUCCUGCACGCUAUGGAGAGGUAUCAAUAUCGCGAGGCAGACAUGCCUUGGGCCGCCCCGCUGACCGCGAUGCGAAAAGUUCUCAUGCAACCGGCCACCCCACCAUGUUCACCGGACCUUUUCGAUCAAUUCGUCGAUGCAAUGUGGCUUACUGGCGGGUCCAAGGCUAUUGUGGGGCGUUUGCAAACAUAUCCCCGUCUAUUUCAUCCAACACGGCCGGAUGCGCUGGGCUUUGUGCAGAUCCAGCGAUACAUCAAGGAAAAUCCCGGUGCGCUGACGAUGCCUCCGACUGCGAGCGGGAAAGACGCGAUGGCACGGUAUAUGCUGCGGGCAGCGUAUAUUCUACGAUGCCAGGGCCGAGCCGAAGAUGCGGCAUGGCUUGAAGAGGAAAGUCGAAGUGAGAACUCUGCGGUUUGGAGCCGUAGGGCCAGUCUCAAGGACUCGCUGGAUCGAGAUGUCAAGCUUGAAAGUAUACGGCGGCAGGCAGUGGAUGCAGAAGCGUUACUGCUUGACGCAUGGGGCUUGAGGAGUGACCGUAAACACUGA